AUGGCUCGAUCUGAAGAAGCCGCUGCUUGGACUUAUGCUGUUUACAAUGCAGUAAGAGAAGUUCCGUACGGAAAAGUCACAUCCUAUGGCCACAUCGCUCGCCUGCUGGGAAAACCUGAAUGCCCAAGACAAGUGGGUGUAUCCUUGAAAGCGCUUCUCUCUGCCACAGCACAACCAGAUGCUCACUACAACAAUUCGAAUGUGCCAUGGCAAAGAGUUAUUAACGCUAAAGGCGCAAAUGGGGCUCGCCAACAAGCAACUGCCAUCGAAGCCGAAGGAGUACAAGUGACUCGAGGAUCACUAGGAGAGUACUUGAUCGACUUUGCAAUCUACGGAUGGUUCCCAGACAGACUGCCCAGCGACCUCAGCGAGGAUGAUGAAGAUAACGAAGAAUGA